CUCCUUUUUCCUCUUCCUCCUCAUACCUGUCUGUCGUCAGUUAACACUGGGAAUGUUCGGAAGAACACCAACAUACUGCUCCCUGCAUCUGUCACUGGAACACUGCUGGAUACAGUGCAGUCAAGGUCUUACAGACAAGAUUAUCAGGAAGGAUGAAUCGCUCCUGUGUUAACUGCUUGAAAUCUUUGGUGAUAAGUCUCCACUUCCUGUGCUGGCUGUGCGGUGCAUUUGUGGUGGCGUUCGGGGAGUUCCAGAUGAUUCACUCCAAAUUCGCCUCCCUCAUCACUUCCUUCUGGCCUGUCUACCCCGCCAACACUCUGGUGGUCACCGGCACCAUUGUGACCUGUGUGUGUUACCUGGGAAUAUUCGGAGGCAUGAAAGAGAAUCGCUGCAUGCUCAUCAGUUUUUUCGUCCUGCUGUUCAUCCUCAUGCUGGUGGAGCUGGCCAUGGCCUGUGUGUUCCUGGUAUACAGUCGGAAGAUUGACACAUACUUCGAGAAAGACCUGAUGAGAAGCUUGGACAUCUACAGACAGUCUAGCCCAGAAAACAACACGGCCAUCAAAAAGGACUUUGAUACCGUCCAGCACUUGUUUAGGUGCUGUGGAGUUCGUGGUGAAGCAGACUGGAAGGGUGACACUCCAAUUUCUUGUUGUACCGAGGACCCAUGUAACACCCUCAAUCCCGCCAACUGGCAAGAGGGUUGUUUUGUGAAACUGAGGGACUGGUUUGCCAGAAACUAUGUCAGCACGGGCGCAGGCGUUGUCACCCUGUUUAUCAUACAGUUUAUUUGCCUGUCCAUCACCAUACCUCUCUUUUGCCACAUCAGUCGAAGUGGAUUGGGAUACAAGUGAAAAGAGGCAGUAAAUACUUUUACAAUUUACAGUGACUUUCUGCAUGUCAACCCGUUGUUUUUCUUCUCUAUACACUUUUAAUUAAUUAGUUGCCAACAGAAUAAAAAAGCCAUAGUCCUUGAACAGGGAUAAGCUGAAGGGUGGAAGCUUAUCAAACAUAUUGACAAUGUCCUAUGAGGUGACAGAGCAUUGAGUGUGAUAUAUAUGAAAGCAGGAAUAUAUAUACAUUUAUUAAUGUAAUGCCAUGAUUUUGCUUGACUUGUUCGCACACUGAAGAAACUGAAACGUUGACUUUAUUUAAAUGUAUUAUGUCAGCAAAUGUCACAUACCUAUGAGGUUGGUUAAAAGCAAUACUAUUAAGUGUAAAUAAAAAAUAUUACGUUCAACUUAAUAUUAUUGCUUUUAACUAACCUCAUAGUUAUGUGACAUUCGCUGACAUAAUACAUUUAAUUAAAGUCAACGUUUCAGUAUUUACAAGAAUACAAAUAUGUUCCCCUAAUUUAUGCUAGAUUCUAUUUUAUUCACCACUUUGGACACAUGUCCUUUGUAGAGCAUUUUAAGCUAUGGACUUAAGCUCAGACAUGUCUUGGACAUUUUGAACUCUAGAACAUUCUGCACUUUAUUGCCUAUUUUUCACUCACCAGCAAACCCUUUUAUCAACUUUUGAGUUUCAACAUUUCUUACAAUGUUUUUGAUUAUCUGCUUUCACUUGUUUUGAGGAUCUGGAAGACAGUUAAACUUUUUCAGCCCUGAUUUUCUCUGCUUAAUCAAUCACAUACUGAUUAAAGGUGUUUCCAUUUU